AUGGAAUUUAAACACACAACAAUGGCAAGUCCCGGUGUCAACAAGACAUCCGCGGCCGGCAGCAACAACGGCGGCUCGGUCAACGCCUCCUCGGCUACCCACCACCAGCCUUUGCAGCACAUUAGCAGCGUGACCAGCCUGCAGGACUCCAAUACCUGCUGGAGGUGUCAGAGUGAAACAGGCUUUCAAAUAAACCUGUCUGGAGCCCCCCCAAGUAAACGAAAAGCCCUCAAGUUAAACUUUGCCAACCCAUCAAUCAAACCCACCAGAUUCACACUGAACACGGGUGGGCAGCCCUUCCAGAACCCACACAUCGAGAGGCUGCGGACACACAGCAUCGAGUCGUCCGGGAAGCUGAAGCUAUCGCCCGAGCAGCUUUGGGACUUCACGGCCGAGGACCUGAAGGAUUUGGGCGAGAUCGGUCGCGGGGCUUACGGCUCCGUCAACAAGAUGGUGCACAAGCCCAGCAACCAGAUCAUGGCAGUCAAGAGGAUUCGCUCCACGGUCGACGAGAAGGAGCAGAAGCAGCUCCUAAUGGACUUGGACGUUGUGAUGCGCAGCAGCGACUGCCCCUACAUCGUGCAGUUCUACGGAGCUCUUUUCAGAGAGGGCGACUGUUGGAUCUGCAUGGAACUCAUGGCUACCUCCUUAGACAAGUUCUACAAGUUUGUGUAUUGCUCAUUAGAUGACGUCAUUCCUGAGGAAAUCUUGGGGAAAAUCACUUUAGCUACUGUGAAAGCACUUAACCACCUAAAAGAAAACUUGAAAAUAAUCCACAGAGACAUCAAGCCGUCAAACAUUCUCCUGGACAGAAACGGAAAUAUCAAACUGUGCGACUUCGGGAUCAGCGGGCAGUUGGUGGACUCCAUCGCCAAAACACGUGACGCGGGCUGCCGUCCGUACAUGGCCCCGGAGCGAAUUGACCCAUGCGCAUCACGGCAAGGUUAUGAUGUGCGCUCCGAUGUUUGGAGUUUGGGAAUCACGUUGUAUGAACUGGCGACGGGGCGCUUCCCGUAUCCCAAAUGGAACAGCGUGUUUGACCAGCUGACUCAGGUGGUCCGGGGGGACCCCCCGCAGCUCAGCAACUCUGACGAGAGACGAUUUUCGCCAAAGUUCAUCACCUUCGUCAAUGUGUGCCUUACCAAGGACGAGUCCAAAAGGCCAAAGUACAAAGAGCUGCUGAAAGAUCCAUUUAUUCAGAUGUAUGAGGAGCGUCCGGUGGACGUGGCCGCUUACGUGUGCAGACUUCUGGAUCAGAUGCCGGCUUCCCCCAGUUCACCUUCUUACAUGGACUGA